AUGUCAAAUAAUCAGCCCAAAGAAGAAGGGAAGGAAGUGGUUCCAAGAACCUCAUCAGCCGAGAUGCAGCCACCACCACCAAAGAAAACUUGCAUCAGAAGCAGAGAAGAACCCGAUGUGACCAUUGUGGUUGGUGGUGUAGAGUUCAAGGAGUAUGGCCAAACCUUGCGUUGCUGGAGUGAUUUCUUUGACACGGCAUUGAGUAGUGGAAUGAAAGAGGCUGUCACCAAACGUUUUGAGUUUCCCGACCGUGAUCCCAAAGAAUGGGAAUGGAUUGUCAGUUUGAUGUCACCCAUUGCUCCAGUUACUGUUGACAAGGAAAACCUACCCAUUGCUCUAUCAUGGUUUGAUCAACUAAGCAGUCCAAUUGGGAUGAAAGAGUGUGGUGGAGUCCUUAAUUAA